AUGCGUCUUCUUUCAUUUUUCUUAUCGCUGCUGCAAUGUGUAACAGUGGUGUCACUUUUGUCCCCGUCUACGGGAAGGUAUAAUAAAUUGUUUCGGGCCGUGCCUUGCGUAGCCUUCUUAGGCGCGGUUGGCUUGUUUAAUGCCUCUAUCGCGUUUGUUGGCCCGGCAACGGCCCUGUCGCAUGGAUUCCGAACUAGAGCGCCUAUUAAACUUCUGUUCAUAUCGAAUGGCAAGCCGUCAUUCCACCGCCGCUAUGCGCCUCUACAAGCACACAAUUCCAGCGUCGCCAUUGAGGUUCGCCCGGGUGUAGGAGGCACAGAGGCGUCUAUCUGGGCCCAGGAGCUGGCCAAGGUAGGUGACGUGCACCAUACUGCCAAUGAUGCCCAGACAUUCAAAAAGUUCUGCGUAUCCAGGGGAUGCACUGUACGAGAAGAACUUAACGGUACAACAACUGUGUUGCGAAUAACCGGUGACGAUACUAAAUUCCGGGAGAAUGGCUGUAGCGGAUUGGAGGAGCGUUUCUUGCGAGAGGCUGGCAUACACCAGGUGAAACGCGUCCCUACAAGUGAGAAAUCGGGGCGCAUGCACUCAUCGACCGCCACGGUGGCAGUACUGCCGACAGAACUCACGGAGACCCAAUUCGACUCUAUACUGAGCCAUGUGGCCAUCGACCCGCGCGACAUUGAGUGGAAAACGUGCCGUUCUAGUGGCGCAGGGGGCCAGAACGUGAACAAGGUGGAAACAGCCGCCGCGUUACUGCACAAGCCGACCGGAAUACGCAUAGAAUGCCAGGAGGAAAGGACCCAGAGUAAGAACAAGGAGAUAGCAUUGGAGCGUCUGCGGUUGCAGCUGGCGCGGGAGAGGGAGUCUGACGCCCGAGAAGACGCCCAAAGUCGGCGUCUAUCGCAGGUAGCAGCUAGCAUGUGUGUGACGCCGGCGCCGCUACCAACAAGCACCUCUAAUCCCCGCGCAGUGCCGCACAGACACGCUACGGCAACGUCGUCCAGUGGAAAUGUAGUGAUGGAGGAUGUGUACGGCGACGAACCGCCUGAAGGCAUCCCCCAGUCGAUCGGAGAUGAGUACAACACGGUCGACGUCAACAACGGCAUUCAACGCAAUGCCAUCCUCGUUUAUAACAUUUCAGGCUUCUCUAAUUUCGGAGUGAACCUCGACCUGAGGAAGUUGGCGCGGGCACUUGGUAAUGCGGUGUACUUUCCGGGGGAAUUCAGCUGCGUGAGGGUGGACGUUCGGGUUAACAGGAACCUCGAAUCGGAUGCGCCGACACAUAGCUCCGAAAGGUUUCCGGGGAUAGAACACAUACCGGUAGUGUGGGCUACACGCAGAUACGAGCUUCAGACGCAGUUGCAUAGGCAAUUUAUAUACAACGACUCGGUCUCUCUGGGCAAGCGCAUAUGCAACGACAAAUACACCUAUUUAAAGGUUUCUAUCUUCGCCAAUGGCAAAGUUUCGUUUACAGGCGCCAGGAACUUGCUGACCGUUGCGGUGGCGCUCUGGAAGGUCUGCCGUGCCAUCCGCCAGCGCGUCGACAGUAAAGCGGCGGUGCGGUUCAUGGUUCCCGCCAACAUUAUGGCCGUAUAUCGCUUCCCUUCGCGAAUAGUCCUGCAGACAUUCGUGAAACGUCAUAAGGACAGCAUGUACGACCCCAUCCGUUUCGCCGGGGUGCAGCUGCGAGUGAGCAUCAAACCCUACGACAACCAAUACGACGUCCGCAAGGUGAUCCUGGAGGGAUUAGGCAAGAGCGUGCCCGAUACAAAGCCUGAGUACCCGCUGCAGAACGACGCCGGCGACGACUAUAGUGACAGCGACGAGUUCGACGACGAUCCUGAAUCAACCUCCUCGAUGCCGGCAUUCACACAGCCGACUGCCGCUCCAGUGCCAGCGCCAAGAAUAGAUCCACCACUUCCUGUGUCUCCUAUCGCCAGCACAGGCGUGGCAGGACCGCGGCAGCGACUGCUCAAGGGCAACCUCAGGAGGAUCAUCAGCGAAGCGCUACCGGCCAACAAGCGCCAGAUACACCAGGGAACUGCGUUAACGCCGCAGGCUGUGGAUUCCACUGCAAAGUUGCAGAAAAUUGUGGACACCGGAGCUGGCAAACGUGUAUGGUCGGCCGAAAACGUCAUGAGAGACCCAAACCCGAUGGCUGACGACGUAAACACAAGUGCGGACGCCCGCUUGGCGGCGGAAGCGACACACUCUCCCUCGACUGACGGGAUUCCGCUCUGCGUCACCAAGGCUGGCCCCGUGGACGGCGCUGCCGCCUGGGAGAACAGGCUCAACGAGGAGUUUGCGGCGCUGAUACACUACGUCGAGGAGAACAAGGCCAAUGACACUGAGUGGUUUCAAAUUGACUGCGAUGAUCAAGGCACCAAGUGGGUACAGAAUCGACAACAUCAUGACGUGUUACAGGUGGUUCGGGGAAUGCUGGCACGUGCACAAGAUGAAGACGUAUCGUUUUCGUUUGGAAAUCAACGUAGGCGGCGCCCCCAACGGGAUCAUGACACGCAGAUACCUGCCGCCUAUCCCAACGCACCGCCGGAUAUCGUGCUGCCAGACCUAGAUGGCAAAACGGCCAAGAUGUAUCGUGGUGGCAGCAUAUGCCUGGAUGCCCAUUUUGCGCCUCUGUGGCAGAGAAACUCGCCCAAGUACGGUAUCGCUCAUGCCCUGGCUCUGGGGCUUGCGCCCUGGCUCGCUAGCGAGGUGCCACAACUCAUAGCUACCAAUGUGCUGGCGCCGUAG